AUGGUGAGGGGCGGCGACAGCGACUGCAGGGGGAGGCGCGUGGUGGCCGGGGUGAUGGUAGCUGGUGGGCGUGCCGAAGCCGGGAGGCGCGGCGGUGGGCGGAGGCGGGACACACAACUUGAACAGGAGCUUGCCAGCUCUGGAAAAUCAGUGUUCCAUGUUCUUUGCUCCCACUGCUCCGUGACCUUCGACCUUCGACCAUUUUUUUAUAGGGAAAAACGAAAGAUUACGUAA